AGUUAUUGACAUAUGCCUUGCGAUUGGCCUUGCGUCAAAAUAAAUUGAAUCUUGUAUCGUGAUUUUGACUAAAGUUUUCCAUCUAGCGUCUGGCGGUCUAUUGCCGGCAUAGCUUAAAGUUUGCUCUUAAUAAUUAUAUUUGUACAUGGAAUCUUUUGUAGAUCAUAUUUGUAAUAAUCACUUAAGUGCCACAGUAGAAAAUUAAAGAGAAUAGUUGCACGAAGAUUCCAGAUAUGGAGUUGGUGAGUCUAGCCGGAGAGCUGCUGCAAACUGCUGCAGAACACGCAGCAAGCUACCGGGCGGGACAAACUGCGCUGCGGUAUUUGGACAAAACGCUGUGGGUGUUGGAAAAUAGUGCGCGAUGGGCGGUGCCGACGCCCUUGGACGAAAGGCCGCAACCAGAGCUAGUACGGCCUCUGCCGUGGAUCUUCUUUCUUUCCCUGUUGGUCACACUGCGGCUCACCAGAGAGGCGAUAUCACUCAUCAACUUGAUCAUGGGUAAACCGCCUCUCACGUCCGCGGAUGUGGUGAUAUUCAUCCAAGGCAAGCGUCGGUACCUGCGCACGCUGAAGUACCUCGGCUGCCGGCAGAUGCGCGCGCGCACCAGCGGCGGACACGUGCCAGAGCCGUGGUACCAACGCCUGCAGUCCCUGUUCGAGUUUACUAUGUGUUUCCGGAAUUCAAGGCAAUACGGCAACAACAACACCACCAGUGUGAGCAACAAUGAUGAAGUUAUGGUAGUGCAGCGCAGUAACGGCGACCGCGAGGAGGCGAGUGUUGCGCCCUCUGCAAGCGUGGAGUCCACAAUGGAGCGACUCAUCGAAAGGAUGAUGGUGGACUUAGAUGCGGAUUCUGACGAGGACUCCGGUUUCGCGCUAACAGAGACGGGCGCAACGAGCGACAAAUCAGGAAACACAAUAAAUUCGGAACAGGACGUAAUAAAUCAAAAUGACGCUGCACACAACCCCGAACCAACACCAGAAACACAAAUACCAACUGACAAAGAUUCUAACGAAACCACAUUUGCGCCCAUUAAAAAUGGCAGCUCCACUCCACAUGAACCGAGUCCUGCGAAAGAAGAAAACAACGUAGAAACCAAACAAGAAAUCUCACCUAAACAGGAAUUGCUCAAUUUCAUACAAAACGAAAUUUCACACAACGUCCAACGAACUCCGAAGAACACGAAAAUUGGUAGGAAACUAAAGCUUUGGUCUGUUACAAAGAGAUUUUUCAAACAUAAAUCCAAAAAAAUGGAAGCUCCAACAAAAGGCGAGACACAGGCGCGCCCGUAGCGAGGGUCGCAUCCGGCAACAGCUCUUUUUAAACAAAAAGGUACCGAAAUGCUAUCCAGUAACAAGAAAUGAAUCGAAUUUACGUACGACGCUCAUAUCAUUGUCGUGUAACGCAAAUAAACAAUAAGCAAUUACAAUACGCAAUAAUAUUUACAACACAUUGUUCUUGGCUAUGAAAUAAUUUAUAUAACGGCACGAUAUAGCUUUUAUAUUGCAUUUUAUCCUUGUAAAGCCUUGUUUACAUGACGCGAAUUAUUCUCGUGACAAUUUGCGGACAAAUUCCGUGGCGAUGAAGUAAGAAAAAAAAUGAAUGGAACAAGUCUCCAUGACGCGAAUUAUUCUGAUAACCAUUUGCGGCAAGUCGCGUGGUGGUGAAGUAAGAAACAAAAUGAAUAGAGAAGGCUUCCGUGCCUUAAAUGCAUAAUCUUUAUAUAUGCUUUUUAAUGUUAUUAAGUUUCAUAAUUUAUAUGUCUUAGCCCAUAGGUUAGCCCUAGGGAUUUUCUGGAUAUGUCUUCUAUCUUCCUUUUUUAUUUUCUUUUUUAUUACUUUCAUUAAUUCGCGCCAUGUGGACAGGAACGAAUUGAAAAAAUGUUUUGCCGGCUAAAUGAUUACAGUUAAGACUGGUGUCCGUCGAAUAUCGUAUAUUUAUUGUAAGUUUAAAACUAAGUGCUAUUAACAAUAUUGUACUAAAUAUCUCAAUAAUAUGAUUAAAUUACCAGUGUUAGGUCUUAUGUUCCUAAUUAUUUAUAUACUAAAAUACUCGGUAAAAAUAUUUGUUUAUUUUUUUUUAAUUGUUAUUUUUUUAUAAAAUGUUUGGAAUGACCUUAUGUAAUUGCGGGACUUAUUUAUAUUUAUGGAAUAUAACUGUCCUUCCAAAUUAUUUAAUAUUUAUGGACUUACCAUGAAAUUAAAAAUGACACUGUAAUAGGCUAUUUGACAGUAUGCAAAUAUGACAUAUUUGUUGCCAUAGCGUUUAAAAGCAAUAUGCAAUAAUAAACUGGCACCUCGUGAUUGUUAAUGGUUUCGAUUGGCGAAAUUUGCAAUGACGUCACACGUUGGUCAAACCUGCAUUAUAUUGUGUUUACAGACGUGUGACGUCAUGUCACUGAAUCAACGCGACAACAAUCGUUUUGAUAGUUUAUCCAGUGUAUUUCGUAAUUAUUUUUUUUAAAAUGAAUACCUUUAAAAAUUAACAUUAUUUUUGGGGACAUAGACACGGCUAAAUACUGUGAGAUGAUUUCCAGAAACUAGUCAAAUAGCCUAUUGUGUGUAUAAAUUUCCAAAUUAAGAAUAAAAUAUCCCUUUGAUGAUGUAUAUAACGGGAGCUGAGCAGUCAUAUUUACAUAGUGAUUAAAAUUUGUUAUUAUCAUAAGUUUAAGUAUAAUGAGCUGUUUUUAAAUAGUUUUAAGAGGUUUAACAUGCGUAAAAUAAAGUCACAAAUAAUAGCUUUUGGAUGCUAAAUUGUUUGUAAUUAAGUUAAAUUGGCAUUAAGAUCUAAGACGUAUUUUUACUAAUUCGUAAAAGCUUCGUUUGCUGUAGCAAAUAUUUGUCAUAAGUUUCUUUUUUCCUAAGUAUAUUCUGGUUGUAUAAGACGUUCUUUCUCUAAGUUAUUUGUAUUUAUUUACAAGCAUUAUUUCAUUCGAAAAGUUCGCGAACAUUGCCGCUUCUGUUCAAUUCGCUGGCAUUUCGAGAUUUGUUGAAAUUUUAUUACGAAACGCGUGUACACCAAUGAAAUUGUUCCACGCUCUAUUUCCCAAAGAUUUGGCUGUGUACGGAUCGAACAAAAUAAAAGACUGAAAUUAUGCAAGCCUUUCCUAUUUUAACCUUUAACCCUAAGAAAUGAUGUCCGACUUUAGGUCUAUUUUACAUACGUUUGAUUUAUGCGUUGCUAAUAUAAUUUUAUAUAAA